AACAGAAGGUGGUGCGAUACGGAAUUGUAUGAUGAAUUGGCUGCACUAGGGACUGUUUCGUCGGGAUACCAAGCAUAAAGAUGUUGAUACUAGUCACGUCAGUCUUGCUCGUAGCAGUUCUAGUAGAUGGUGCUCCGUCUUACACAGUGGUGACGUCAUCUGCCACAAGUGCAUUAACGUCAGCCCUUCAGUCCAACUUAUCCUCAAUAGUGGUAGAUAAUCAACACGCUAAAAACAAGGACCGAGAACAAAAUGUAACGCUUGAAGAACGGAAAAAAAUCAACUCAACUAAAUCAACAGAUUAUAAUUUGAAUUCACUGAACUUCUCUGUCACAACAGCAGGUUAUGAACGGGAAUAUAAUCAAACUGGGAAAAUUGUUAUCGAUAAGUCAGCACCCAAGCUGCAUGAUAGCAGCAACUUUGAACAAUCGAAUUUGUAUCGGUCAAAACAAAUACGGAAACUUCUGAAAAAUGUUCCUCAACUCCAUUCGAUAUUUCAGGGAAGCAUUUCGAGUAACAUCACCGAAAAACACAAUACAACCCGAGACCAUCAGAUGUCAUUAAUAAUUAAAACAUUCGUUGGUGAUAUUUUGUCAAACUAUAGACAGCAUGAAGAGAAUGUAUCAACAAAUGGAAACAAGACUUUGGAGUCCAAUUCAACUUUUGCAAACUAUAAAAUCCAUCAAAGAGGAAAAAACCUAAAGCCACUAAUUGAUUUUGUUCGAUUAUUUGAAAUCGAACACCCUACAGUUCGAAAAAGGAUACGCCAAAAGGGCAACGAAAUGGAUCAUGAUACUCCGGUCGAGAAUGACCUUCGAAAUGAAUCAAAUGAAGAUAGUGAGGAAAUGCAUGAUACUUUCGAUUUAUCAGACUAUAUAAUAAGUGUACUCGAAGGUAAAGACGAGGAAGAGGAUGUUGUAGGGAAUGAUAAAAAGGAAACGUAUGUAGAACCAAACGACGUGUUUAAUCAUCAGGAAAUCCGGAACAAUCAAAAACACACUUUCGCAGCGGACCACAGCCAUAAUCGUAGUCCAAAUCAUGUUCCUGAAAUAAAUGAAGCAAGUGUUGUUGAUACUGCGGGAAAAUUAGAAAAUUCGAAGCUAGAAAAGCUACUAUGGAAAGACUUUUUUACGUUUGAAAUCCCAGAUAAAAUUACCAGGAAAAAGGAAAUUUCAUAUGAUUCUAACAAGAAAAUCAACCAGUAUCAUAUUGAGAGAAAUAAUGGACUAGAAGAUGUUUACGAAUAUGAUGACGGAGAUGACAUAUUAGGAAAUGAGGAGACCCUAGAUUACUCGGAUGAAGAAGUCCACGAUUAUGUCGACGAAGAUGAGGAGCGCAUUUUAAACUCUGGGAAAUUGAGCUCAAAAGCAUACAGAGAAACGGCAAGUAAAAACACUUCUCCCGCUCAAUCUUUUAUUGAAAAUGUUUCUAAACGUAGUGAGAAUGACGAAAGUUUGGAAAGUCAAGAUUAUGUUGAUGAAAGCAAAGAGAAACCUUGGAAAGGGAGUUUAUGGAAUAGCAAACGCGUGGGUGCAGAGGAUGGGGUGGCAUAUACCAAUACAAUUAGGGAGGUUUUCCAUAAAUCAAACAAGAACGAUGACCCACUUCUACGAAGGGAAAUAAUGUACAGUGACGAAAAUCAAAGUGACGAAUAUUAUGAGAAAGGUAGUGAGGAAGCUUUAUUAUCACAUCCAAAUCAUGGAAAAGAUAUCCCAAAAGCUAAAUCUUUUAUAAAGUUAAUAAACGGGAACAAAAACUUGAGAAAAAGCAGUUUAUCUUGGAUAUCUGAACAUAAAGAACUGUUUAAGCAAAAUGAAUGGUCAUCGAGAUCAAACGAACGCGACGAUGACAGAGGAAGUGCUUAUACUGGGAGUGAAGAGAUCGGCAGUGGUCCACUGAUUUUCCACAAUAAAUUUGCUCAUUUUGUUGCUGAAGUCGCCAAAUCCGCGAACCGAAAUUGGAAACAUAGAACGCAAAACGAUGGAAGUUAUGAACAUUUACGUGAUGAUAUAUACUCAGCCUCUGAAGAAGACAAGAGUAUUAGUAGUGAAGGACUGCUGCCGAUUGUAAAGCACUUAACCAUUCCAAAACCUCCGAAAAAAUCCGAAGGUUCUAAAGUUGUACAUGUACACCAACCCAAAAACGGUUUCGAUUCUGCUAGCUAUUACCGCAAUUUUUUCAACAAACGUUACUGGGAGAGAUGGGAUCACAAUAGAUAUACAGAGGAAAGUAAAACAUAUCAUAGAGAAAAUAAUGAUGACGACUCGAGUGAAGCUACACCAAAAGUGAAUAAUAAACACAUCACUCUCAAUCGAAUAGUACAUAAAUCAAUACAAGACAUUCCCACAAUUCCUCCUAAACCACAAAUACAAAUACAAAGACAACCUACAGCUCCCCCGCCUCCACAGAAACCGAAGUUACAAAUACACAGGAUACAGAUAAUUCCUCCUCCUGCUCCUUCUAUACCCAAACUCCUUCCUCCAACACCACCAAAACCCGCGAAAAUGACAAAAGUACAAAAGUUAAAAAUCUAUGUAAUUCCUCAUAUUAGAAAACCAAACAUACCAAUGUCUCCACCUCCUCACAAGCCAACACGGAAGCAUCUCCUUUUCAGAACUGUGCAAUUGACCAAACCAAAGAAGAGGAAAAUGUCACAUAUGAGAAAUAUUCGAUUCAAGAAAAUGUCCACAGAUGAUGCAUUGGAAAAUGAAAUUAUGAAAAUUGACUUGCAAAAGGCCUGGACAAACAGCUAUCAAUCUAAUUUAAGAAAGCAAUAUUACAAAAAGAAUUAUGAUUAUAAAAGACCAAGAAACAGGUAUGGAUAUAGGAACGUGAACAGAACACCUCGGAAUUCGUACGAUAGCAGAACGUCUUAUGGGAACAUGUAUCGAAGAACAUCACACGUACCCUACAAAACAAGUAGAGGUAGUGGAUAUAGAAAAAUGGAUCAUACUGAAAAAAAUAACUCGCUUUAUGCACAAAGAUUUCUAUCUAGUCAUAGCGCCGUUAAUCAUUUCAAUACACAUUUAAAUGGUCGGAACAUACGGCCACCUUCAGGUAACACUGAAAAAGAUUGUAACAAUGUUGAUGGCGAGAGGAAUCUCCAUUUUACCUCGUAUUCUCCUCACCAAAAGCACAAAAUUCUUCAGCAAAAUGUAAUUCGUUCCAGUAGUUUGUACCCAACGAUGAAGACAUUGAGGUAUUAAUAUCUGGUGUUACAAUGUAUAUUUUUAUAUUCACAUGAGUUUGUAUUUAUUCAGCUAUGAUUUUAUAUUAAAGCUACUACUUAUAUCUAUGUCCUGUCAAAUGUAUUAUAUGAAUAUUGAAGGUAAAAUGAGAUCUCCAAUGUGCAAGCUAAAAUUUGUCAUGUCACGUUUAUGGAUUUGUUAUUUAUUUUUAGGAUAUGGUUUAGUUUAUAAAUAAAUCUUUGGACUGUC